CUCAAGAUCUUCAUGCCGAGCUACUAAAGCAUAUUUGAAAAUUUGAGACAUGCAGACCCGUUUUUUUUAAAUGAGUUCUGCCCACAUACCAUAUAGUGAAUUUUUAUAGUUCUCAAUUAGGAAAAGAUGAUUUGAGUGUAUGGCAACCCCCGCGAGUGAAUAUAAGAGCCGAAGAUCGCUCUGCACGAGCCCAAACUAAUCCAAUUAAAAAACAAACAAUAAACAAAUACGAUCGAAGGAAUUGUUUUUGACGUGCGUAAUGCGCCUGUGUGGUAACGUGUUUGUUUACGCUUCCGAUCUAGACAGUAAACCAAAAUAAUUAGCGUAGAUUUAACAACAAAAAGCGAGCCCUCCGUGCGCGAUAUUUCGCCAGCGAUAGCGAGAGCUCAAAAAAAGCGCCCAAGUCAUAAAUAUCGGGCCUAAUCAGAUGGACGCUGGAGAGUAAGGGCGCUAAUUGGGCAUGCUACAUAUGUACAACUAACUGUAAGCUGAUCGGAUCGAAAAAACAUAGUCCCAGCUUGGCAACAUGCACUGCGGCAACAUGCUGCUGGCCGUCAGCCUCAUGUUGCUGGCGCUAUAUGGCCCCUGCGCCGAAUCCAAAACGGAGCACGAGUGCACCAGCAUCGACAUCCGAAACGAGUGCAAGAACAUGCAUCUGCUGGACAACUGCACCGUGGUCACCGGAUACGUGAUGAUCACGCUGAUCACCAUCGAACAGCGCUGCAACUUCUCGGAGUACUCAUACCCGCUGCUCACCGAGAUCACCGAGUUCAUGAUCUUCACCGACGUGCGCGGCCUGGUCAACAUCACCGAGAUGUUCCCGCACCUGACCGUCAUUCGGGGCCGUCGGCUGUUCCUCAACUACGCGCUCGGCGUCACCAACAUGCACGAGCUGGAACAGCUGGCCUUUCCCAAAUUGGUGGCCAUUCAACGAGGACAAGUCUACAUCGGCAGCUGCCCCAAGCUCUGCAGCAUCGCCCGGGUUAAUUGGGAUCUGCUGACGCUCACUAGAGGCGAGAACAACAUCAUAAUGGUCAAUAAAAACUGCAGCACACCGGUUUGCUCUGGAUGCAGUUCCUCGCACUGCUGGUCGAAUCACUACUGCCAACGAUCCGUCAACGAAAAUGUCGCCAAUCCGAAGGGCAACAUAAACGCAUGCCACGAGGAGUGCUUGGGUGGCUGCAAGAACAACUCAUUAUCCCCAGCUGACUGCAGCGUCUGCCGCGGACUCAGUGAUGAUGGUGUCUGCGUGAAGAGCUGUCCGAAGGACAAGUACGUCAUGGAGAACUAUCAGCGCUGCUAUACGAAGGCCGAGUGUGUGCUAAAGCACGGCUAUGUUAUUUCCGGAACACAGUGCGUGGCUUUCUGUCCCAGCGGCUACAAGACGAACAACCGGUCGGAGUGCGUGCUCUGUAGCCCCGAUGAGGCUUGUAUCAGCUUCUGCACGCCGGAGUGGCCAGGAAAAGCGUUUACCGUAUACAAUCUGGCUGAUGCCGAGAAUUUGCGUGGCUGUCAGAUCUUCAAUGGCAGCCUGGUCAUCACAAUCCGCAACAAGGUGAACGAGACGCAGUUGUACCAGAGCUUCACUAGUAUGCGCGAGGUUCGGGGGCAUGUAAAAGUCUAUCGUUCCUCCCAGUUAAGAAGCUUGCAAUUCUUGAGGAAUUUGGAGCGCGUUCAUGGUGAUCCCCUAGAGAAUCGCCACUACUCCUUCAUACUUUAUGACAACAAGGAGCUGUCCGAGCUGUGGACACCCUCGCGGCAACUGGAGUUCAUGGAGGGCGGCAUGUUCAUGCAUCGCAACAACAAACUGUGCAACCGGAGGAUGCGAGAGUUCCAAAACGCUGUGACCCAUGAUAGAGCCCUGGACUCCCUGCAGACCAACGACCAGGAGGUGCAGUGCAGCCCCUCGAAAUUGCAGCUAAAUGUGCAGAAACGAACCCAUCGGUCUGUGAAGCUAAGCUGGCUCAAGUCACAAACAAGCCAGAAGAUUGAGGUGAUCCACCGACCUUUAUUGCCGGGGAAACUGUACCACGAAGAAAGUGAACUGGAAGCGCCCAUAUGUACACGAAUCAACUGGAAACGGCGCCUCCUCUUCCCUGACGAUCUGAUCGAAAAUGGCACUCACUAUCUUUUCGACUUGGAUGAUCUUCAACCGGACACACGGUAUGCCGUCCUGCUGCGUACUUUCGGCAAUGAUAAGGCGCAUGAGGCGUAUGAGGCUCGCAGCGAAUUGACCUACGUGCAGACGGAGCUGGACAUUCCAAAGCCUCCGUUGCUGGAGCUGGUCAAGAAGACCGAUAGCUCGCUGACGGUUCGAAUGGCCAGUCACGACCAUGUUAGCUUUCUUCUUACGGUCUUUGAAUUGAGCGAUGAUCAGGCGUAUAUAGAGCAAAGGAACUACUGCCACCAGCCGUCGUACGUGUGGCAAGACAUGGACGGCCCUAGGUGGAUGGCGUACGAGGACUACGACGACUGCUGUGCCCAGAAGGCCGAGCAGUUGGAGGACUCUCGAUUCAUUGCGGACAUGAGGGAGCAAUAUCGCUGCACCCUUGAUGAUCGCAAGCAGUGCCGACAUCUGGCACUUACAGAGGCCUCGCUUCCACAGCUUCGGCUGCCGGGAAACACCACGGAGUACGAGCUUAAGGCGCUGCAUCGCUAUCGCCUGUAUGCGCUUCAGCUGCAAGCCUGCAAUCAACUGGGAUGCAGCAGCCACACAACGCUCUACGGACGAACGAACUAUACAAUGGGUGCCGAUCUUCUCACCCAACUGUAUGCCUGCCAUAUUCCGGAAAUGGACAAGUACAUUAUGCGCUUCGACGAGCCUAAGAAGCCCAAUGGCCUGGUGACCAACUACGUAAUUCACUUUCGCAACAACUUCUCGCAGACACACGUCGGGUGUGUAACGCGGAUGGAUCACCAGAGUGCCGGCUACAUGUACGUGAAGCAGAUAAACAUCACUUUCACCGAGUGCGCUGUGCGGGUUCAUUCCCUGGCCGGGGAUGUGAUGACGCCGUACAUGCCAAUCAGCCUGUGCAGCGACGGGGACCGUCUACAGGCGUUUCACAGCAGGGAGGCCAAGGAACUUUCGCCAGAAAUCACAGACAUGCCAGCCACAGCGUCACAUGGCCGUGGCAUUAGCAUAUUCCUGAUCUGCUUCCUCUUUGGGUGCAGUGUAUCGCUGGUUUGGGUUCUUUACAAGCGGCGAUGUUGGAGGAAGUUGCCGGGACUCCGGCGAUAUGUGCCCGUGCGGGAGCAGUGGCUGCGGGACCGACAACAAACUGAGGAUCGCGAAAUCCUGGUCGACGGUUUUGAGACAGUUCGUUUUCAGAACAACAACAACAGCCAGGCGGACGAUUAUCCCAUGUAAACGAUAAUAUACAUUUGUAUGUGAAAACUUACCUUGCUUGCUCAAGGAUAGACCCUAGGUGGAGGAUGUGCUGGGCUUGGUUGUGGGCUCCGACUUGUCGGCGUCAUCGUCCAGGCUCUUGCCGCUGGCCAGGAGAACAGCUGGAACACUGCUGGAGGUCGCCGGGAGGACCUCGCUGUCGGAAGGGGGUGUGGGCGUCCGGGGAGUUAGCAAUUGUUGGCGGCUCCUCAGGCGCUCCAUCUUAGCCUGCUCGUACUCCUUGAGAUCGGACAGCUUCAGCUGGAUGGUCUGCAGUUCGCGGCGUCGCAUUUUUCCGGGAUGUUUUUUUUUUUUGGGAGGAAGUAUACAAUCUGUAUAUCUCUAUAUCGAUAAGGCAUAGAAGUUAUCGGAUGCACUAGCUCGCCAGGGAUGACAUAGGUUAGUCAACAUAUCGAUAACAUUAGUACCAUUUUCCCAUUAUUAACAUGAAGGGGUUUAUUUUAAAUGAAAAUCAUUUUAUCUUUCAAAUAAUUGAUGUACCUAAGUAUUGGCUUAUAUUGUGUGGGAAAUAAAAUAUACAAAAACUUG